CCCAAGAACAUAGCCAAUGACCUCAAAAGACCCUCUUAAAGUGUAAGAAUAGUAAUACACACACGAGAAUCAAGAAGCCGCAAGAAUAUAAAGACACAACAUCUUUCUGCUCACCAAAUCAAACCCUAUUUUCUCCUGAGAGAGCCACAAGAAACUCAUGCAAUAUUCUUCACCCCACUAGCUAAACUCACCACCUCCAUUGUUAUUAUUAAUCUCUCUUCAUCCCUCUCUCUCCACUCUUCAUCACUUUCUCACAAAAUGAGUACCAAUUCUUCUUACUAUCUCACCUUCAGUGACCCUUUCUCCUCCCACGAGCCUCUUGUUUCACGUAAGCUAUUUCUCCUCAGAAACGUCCAAGUUCUUGAGCUUCUUCUUGCCCUAUUCGCCUUUAUCGCCAUACAUUCCUUGCGUCAGAAGAAACACUACGGUCUUCCCGUGUGGCCGUUUCUAGGCAUGCUUCCUUCUCUAGCUUUUGGCCUCAGAGGAAACAUCUACGAGUGGCUAACCGAUGUUCUCCGUCGUCAACACGGAACUUUCCAUUUCAGAGGCCCUUGGUUCAGCAGCCUCAACAGCACCAUUACUUGCGACCCAAGAAACGUUGAGCAUCUCCUCAAGAACCGUUUCUCUGCCUACCCUAAAGGCUCUUACUUCCGAGACAACCUUAGAGACCUUCUAGGAGACGGUAUCUUCAACGCGGAUGACGAGACUUGGCAGAGGCAGAGGAAAACCGCAAGCAUCGAGUUUCAUUCAGCUAAGUUCAGACAGCUAACAACUCACUCCUUGUAUGAGCUUGUUCACAAGAGGCUCUUACCAGUUCUUGAAGCUUCGGUCAAAACCUCUUCUCCUAUUGAUCUACAAGACGUGUUGUUGAGGCUAACGUUUGAUAACGUGUGCAUGAUUGCUUUUGGAGUCGAUCCAGGAUGUCUUGGUCCAGACAAACCUGUAAUACCCUUUGCUAAAGCCUUUGAGGACGCGACAGAAGCUGCGGUUUGUAGAUUCGUCAUGCCUACUUGCGUGUGGAAGUUGAUGAAGUGUCUUAACUUAGGAACUGAGAAGAUGCUAAAGGAGUCAAUAAAAGGUGUGGAUGAUUUUGCUGAGGAAGUUAUCAGGACGAGGAAGAAAGAACUGUCUCUUGAAGGUGAAUCCACAAAGAGAUCUGAUCUCUUGACGGUGUUUAUGGGUCUUAGAGAUGAGAAGGGAGGUAGCUUUUCAGACAAGUUUCUUCGUGAUAUAUGUGUGAACUUCAUACUUGCUGGGAGAGAUACUUCUUCUGUUGCUUUGAGCUGGUUCUUCUGGUUGCUAGAGAAGAAUCCAGAGGUGGAAGAGAAGAUUAUGGUGGAGGUGUGUAAGAUUUUGAGGCAGAGAGAUGAUAGUGGAAAUGGAGGGAAGAUAGAUUAUGAGCCUGUUUUCAGACCAGAAGAGAUCAAGAAGAUGGAUUAUCUACAAGCUGCUUUGUCUGAAGCUCUUAGGUUAUACCCUUCAGUUCCUGUUGAUCACAAAGAGGUCCAAGAAGAUGAUGUAUUUCCUGAUGGAACAAUUUUAAAGAAAGGAGAAAAAGUUAUAUACGCAAUUUACGCUAUGGGUCGUAUGGAAGCUAUUUGGGGAAAAGAUUGUCGUGAGUUUAGGCCAGAGAGGUGGCUAAGAGAUGGGCGGUUUAUGAGUGAGUCGGCAUAUAAGUUCACGGCCUUUAAUGGCGGUCCACGCCUUUGUCUAGGCAAAGAUUUUGCUUAUUAUCAGAUGAAAUCUACUGCAGCUGCAAUAGUUUACCGGUACAAGGUGAAGGUGGUGGAGGGUCAUAAAGUGGAACCGAAGUUAGCUCUUACAAUGUACAUGAAACAUGGCUUGAUGGUGAAUUUGAUCAACAGGAGUGUCUCCGAGAUUGAUCAAUACUAUGCCAAGACUAUUGAUGAUGGUAAUAUUAUUUAGUGUUUAAUGUUUGAGAUUUGUUAAUUAGUUAAGAUGGUGACCAUAAGAAGAUUGUUUACUUAUUUUUGGAUCAUUUGAAUUUUAAGCUAUUUUUCUUUGUUUUCAAUUUGGUAAUUCGAUGAUGUGUAUAGUCUAUUUGGGUUUUAGCGUUUGGAAAUGAGGAAAGAGGUUGUUAUGGUUGGUAACCAUUUUAUUGCUAGGAAAAACAGUUGGUAGGGCUUGUAAUAUCA